AUGGUACAUCUUAAAUGUUGUCCUACUCCUAUGACAGUAGGGAAAGUUUUGUCCAUACAAGAUGGCACACCAUUUGAAAAUCUCACAAAGCACAUAAGCUUAAUUGGGGCUCUUCAAUAUCUCACACACACCAAGCCUGAUAUUAGUUUCUCUGUGAAUAAACUAAGUCAGUUUCUAAAAGCUCCAACUGAUGUUUGCUGGUCUGUAGCAAAGAAAAUUCUAAGAUACUUAAAGGGUACUCAAGAUCAUGGUUUGCAUAUCAAGUAUACUGACAGACUGGCUCUUACAGGGUACUUUGAUGCUAACUGGGCUUGGUGCCCUGAUGAUAGAAAUUCAGUAGUUGGUUAUUGUGUCUAUUUUGGAGACUCCUUAGUGUCAUGGUCUUCAAAGAAGCAAGCUGUUAUCUCAAGAUCAAACACUGAAUGA